AUGGCCACUGUGAACCAGAAGAUCUUCCGCACGGCGAAUGCGCCGAACACUGCUCCCACUGAGGCCGAGACCACUGUGUGCCAGGCCCUCAUUGACCUUGAGUCGCACAUCCCCGAGCUCAAGGCCGAGCUCCGCGCGCUUCAGGUGAGCGCCGUCAAGGAGGUCGAGGUGAAGGGCGGCAAGAAGGCCUACGUGGUCUUUGUGCCCAUGAUCCAGCUCAAGGCCUUCCACAAGAUCCAGCAGAGGCUCACCCGUGAACUCGAGAAGAAGUUCUCGGACCACCACGUCGUGUUCAUUGGCCAGCGCCGUAUCAUGAGCAAGCCCUCGAGCCACAGCCGUGCUAAGCAGCCUCGGCCCCGCAGCCGCACCCUCACCUCGGUGCACAACGCCAUCCUGGAGGACCUCGUGUUCCCCACCGAGAUCACCGCUAAGCGCAUCCGCGUGGCGGCUGAUGGCAGCAAGCUGGUCCGCUGCGCCCUGGACUCGAAGGAUGCCACGAGCCUGGAGUACAAGCUCGAGACCUUCUCGAGCGUCUACCGCAAGCUCACCGGCAAGGACGUCGCCUUCACGAUCUAA